GGGUUGGCUGGUUAUUGUUCUGCAUACUUGCUUGAUAAUUUAAUGGGAAUUCCAUGCCCUAAAAGUUAUUGAAAUAAUAAAAUAAAAAGUGAUCAUUAAAAAUCUCAUUACGUGUAAUAGAGUUAUGAAAAGAGUUACGUUUAGUUUUUCCUUACACAUUUGGAUUUGUUUCGUUGACUUGUGGUAGAUAAGGAUUGAAAAGAGAGAGAGAGAGAGAGUAAAAACUGUACGAGUAGGAAUCUCUGUUAGUAGUAGUUUCGUUUCGUAAUUUUCCUGUUGUAAUUGAAAAAGAGGGCGUAUUUCUCUAAUUGAAAUUAGACAACCCCUAUAAUUACAUAAAUCUAAUGUUAUGUACCUACGGUUGAAUUUAUUUCGCUGCUUAAUUAGUGUUAUUUUCUCCUUGUGAAUUGUGUUAGUCUCCAGCCGAUAAGUUGGGUCUUUGGUAGCAAUUAUGACAUGACAGCACGUCAAAUCAUCAAGCGUCCAAGAAUUUUCAAUUGAAAUGGGCGUGAUGAUUUCAAUAGUAGUUUAUGUUUCCAGGACUGCCCUGUAAACGGGUCAGUCUUACUUAUAAGUGAGCAAAGUAUUUUGUAGGUCGGUCCGGUGAAAAGAUCGUACGUCGUGUAGGUGUUUCGGUAUGUGGUACGACCAGGCUGUGUUAUGAAUGAGGAGGCACUGUUGGCACGGGCUUCCGAGGAGCGGGAGCGUAUCUUCCAGCGAUACGAGAGGGGUCGAGAGAACCUCAUCGGACAAAUAGACCCCUGGGAGGAUCCAGAGUUCGAGGAUUACCACAAAACCGAUCGAUAUGGAUUCAUACACGAUGAGCGCUUACCUCAGAAAACAGGGCCCCAAAAGGUCAACAUUGAAGUGGAGAGGGAGAAAAAAUGGGUCAAAAUGCUUACUAAUUGGGACUCACCAGCCACCAAAGAAAAACUCCAUAGAAGAAUAUACAAAGGCAUUCCAAAUUCACUUCGAAUAAAAGUGUGGUGCAAGUUGAUGGAUGUUAACAAAAUUAAGUCUGCUAAUCCUGGGAAGUUUCAAGAAAUGCUAAAACUAGCUAAGCUGUGGUCAACAGAUGUAAGACAAAUUGAUUCAGAUGUAAACAGACAGUUCCGGGAACAUCAGUUUUAUAGAGAACGAUAUUCAGAAAAACAAUGCUCAUUAUUCAAUGUCCUUUGUGCUUAUAGCAUGUAUAACUCGGAAGUAGGUUACUGUCAAGGAAUGUCUGGUCUAGCGGGGGUGCUGCUCAUGUAUAUGGAUGAAGAAGAUGCAUUCUGGGCGCUGGCUGUGCUGCUCUCAGAUAAGAAGUAUGCCAUGCAUGGACUCUAUAUAGAAGGAUUUCCGAAGUUAACAAGAUUUCUGGAACAUCAUGAUAAAAUACUCACAAAAUUUAUGCCAAAAUUGAAACAUCACUUUGACAAGUUUGGCUUGGAUGCCAUCCUGUAUUCCCUGAAAUGGUUUUUUGUGUGCUUCGUGGAGAGAGUGCCAUUUAGCUUAUGUCUCAGGGUUUGGGAUAUUUAUCUGUUGGACGGAGAGAGAGUGGUCACUGCAAUGGCUUACACAAUACUCAAGCUUCACAAAAAAGCAAUCAUGAAGUUAAAUGAUAUGGAUCUUAUUGUAAAUUAUAUUCAGGUUAAGCUACAUAAAGACUUUGGGUUUGAAGAUGAUAUUGUAAUCUAUCACUUGGAGCGAUCAAUGGAGGAGUUGAAACGAGCGAAGCUCGACUAUCCAGGUCCGCCGCCACCCAACGAGCUGCCUAAACGACAGCUUGGUUUAUUUGUGGAGCCCGACAAAAAAUCGAAGAUUGGACAACGGGCAGAGAAUUUUUCAGAGACUGAGAAACAGGCUAGAGCAACUGUGAUAUUGAGACGCGAAAAGGCUGCAAUAGAAUUGCAGGAGCUUCGAGUCUCACAGAGUGACACAGUGUCAGAGCACAGCGGCGUGGCGGGUGGGAUCCGCUGCGAUGACUCGGUGUCGGCGCUCGGGUCGCGACGCUCGCUCGCCGACACGAGCGUGACGAGCACGGCCGACCUGAGCGUGUUCUCGAGUGGCCGCUCUCAUGCCAUGGACAACUCGCUGGACACACAUUCCAACGUCAGCGAUGAUGCCACUGGGUCAGAUGGUUCGGGCAUUUGCGGGUUGAGCAUACAGCGGGCUCCGUCGACGGCGCACUCGACUCCGCGCGCGACGCCGCACCCACCGUCCGUGUCGCCGAUGUCAGACGACGUGGUGCGCAUCCACGUGACCUACAACCCUCGCGCCGGCAGCCCGCACCUGCACCCCAUCAGCCCAUCCAAGUACAAAGCCUAUAACAACGAGGAACACCAUAAACCUGUCUCUCUCGGCUUCUACACCAGCAACGGCUCCACCAACCUACCCUCAGACAAUAGAAUUCGUAUCCAAGUGCCAUCCGAAUCUGAAGAACUCCUCACGCCGGUUGUUGAUGCAGGGAAUAAUAUCACACCUCGCUUCAUUGAAUCUCAUGCCGAAAUGUACGGAUCUUAAAUUGAAUUUCAAUUACUUAUUUUACUUCUAUUUUUCAUAUAAUGGCCAGUUAUGUUUAACAUUACAAACUGUGACUGUAUUUAUAUUUUACUCGUCACUCGGAGUCAGUAAUUCUCGCUAUUAUUUAACACAAACUUUUGUACAAAGUAGGAUUCCGCGUUAAGGAUUAUGUUUAUUUAAAUAUUAUUAAAAGACAGAAGCAAUAACAUAUUUGCUAGUGUAUUAUCUUGCUUGACUACUGCAGUAUCUUCGCAUUUUAAUUUGAAUAUAACUGAUAGUGUAGAUUACGUCGUCUUAAAGUUUUAGGUUAGGGAAGUUGAUAGCAAACUACAAUUUAUUCAAGCAGAUUCCAUAAGACAAUAAUUGGCUCUGUUUCUUGUUAAUUAUAUGAUAGUGUAGCCUGAGCCACAAAUAGUCCUAAAGAAAGAAAAUAUAUAAUUGUUCAUAUAAGGAGACAAAAGCAAUAACAGAUGCCUGUAACAAACACUAGGAAUAUAACCUGACGCACUCAGUAUUUAGUCCUAGUAUUUUAAAUGAUUGUGUUCAAUGUUGGUUCCCCGUGAAUGUUGUACAAAUCGCAAUAAAUCACAGCAAUAUUAAGCUGUCACGCUUUAGCUUGUAGUUGUUUUCGAGCACAUAACAAUAAACAUUGACAAUACAAGCCAUAGUUUAACACGUUAUCGCCACAGAAGAAUAUAUAUUUUGACAAGCCAUAUAGAUAGUACGUUGUUCAUUCAUAAAAGUAUAUACUGCUGCCUUUUAUGUACUUAGUAAGCAUUUUUAUAUUGUUCGUAUAAGCCUGUUAACAGUUUUCAAUAGCCAUGUUGUGCAAGUUUAUAAUAAUAAUAUAUUAUAUCAAUACAAAUAGUGUAUACAUAAUGUAUAAUGCCAUAUAAAUGUUAUAGGUACAAGUAUUUUUGAAAAUGAGAUCAUAGAUUGGAGAUAUUUAGAUUGUGUAAGCUAUUUUUGGGUCGUUCAAAGUUGGUUGUUAGUGAAAAAUACAAAGAUAGAUUCGGCUUAGGUAUCUUGAAUGUAGUGGUCCCACUAAUUAUACAUACUUGUAAAUAUCCAAAGUGUCGUUCUGUAGCUAUUGUUCGCUAGAUCAGAGAUAGUAAAUGACACUGGAUUUUAACUGUUUCUUAUCAUUAUCGUUGCUGAACUUUAAUUCAACGUCUUCUAAUUUGUAGGUCCCCAAAGCCAGGACUGGUCUUUAGAUGUGAAUAUUUCGUACUUAGUCUCUUCAUAGUUUCCUUUUAAACCCCCAUAAUCUAAAACUUUAGGUGUAUUAUAUACAAAUAUAAGAAUACGAUAGAUAUAAAAUUCCAUUCAAAUAACUAACCUACAGUGAGAAACGCAAUAAUGUCAGUUAAAUUGUUACUUGGAUAUUUAAUAUAAAUAAAUAUGUAGUUGUAAGGUGAAUUAUGUCCGUGUAAUAUACAACGUUUUCGGUCAAUAUACAUAUAUGUGAUGUAUAUUAGGAUUAAUGUACACACUUUCGGAAUAACACGUUAGGUACAUGUUUCAAAAUUUACAUGUUCUCAAUAAUUUAGUUUACAAUUUUACGAUUAAUAGUUAGAUUAGGUCUGUAUUUUAUUUUAGUACUUUAAGUCGUCUUUAAUGUUCAUGUAAGGCUUGCGCAGAUUUCAGGUGGUGUAUUUUUCCUAAAGCUUAAUUGAAAUAAAAACCAUUCACAUGCAAUAACAAUUUUAUAAUAAAGAUGUGUUCGCGCCAGCCUUGUAUACAUUAUCUUUCUAUUUAUUCCAUAUUACUACUUGAAUAUUAAUAUAUUUAUACGCAAUAACUGAUAUUAAGGAUCUUCCAUGGACAGUUACUUAGGUAUAACAUUAUGUCGAACUAGACUCGUUUAGCUAUUCUCCUUGGCAGAAAGAUCUUAAAAUUCGAUAUUAUUUUGGUUCUCGAAUGAUAAGUUUGACUAGACAGUUCUUUAUGCUGCCUCGACAAGGUCUUGGGUAUCCUGUGAUAAAAGAUAAUUGUCUGGCACUCAUUACGUAGUUAGAAAAAAAAAACGAUUCUCAUGAUAUUCAACGCAAUUGAUGAUACAGGCGUCCAAAUUAAGGAUCAACAAAUCUUGUGCCAUUUUAUAAAAUUACGAUUAUUCCUUUUAUUAGUCACUUACGUAUUUUGUAUUUUAUAAUUCUUGAAUACCUAUUUUUUUAAUGCUCGGUAUUUUAGUAUAGAUUCGGCAUUAUUUGCUUAAGAUUUAUUUUGAUAGAAAUAUUUAAGACAAUAGACAGCGAAAAUAAAUUGUUUUACAUGCUGCGUUGUACCUACAUUCUUGUUGCGUGGUGGGUUCACUUAAUAGUUUUUAUUUUUAACGCAGAUUACUCAUAUUAUGUCCAUGUUUGUUUAUUGCUAAACUUUUUAGAACGUAAAUGGUGAAAUUCUACUCAAUGCCUGCAGGAGGUAACUAUAAAUACGCAUUAAUUGCACUGCGUGCUCAGUUCUAUUAUAUUAUUUUAAUUGUUUUUGGUGCAUGGAAAUUGGAAACCUCAAAUUAGAUGUCCGUCCAAUUAUUUUCUAGACUGAAAGCAAUUUAUUCGGUACAUGAGAACUUGAACAUUUUGGUUUAUUUGAGAAUUAAAUGAUUUAGCGCGUCAUUUAGUAAAUUCUAAUUUAUUUCCAUAGGUUAACGAGUAGCUGUAUUGAGAUAUAAAGAAAGUCAUUAUUUUAAAUAUAUUUGAUGUGAAUAUUGUGCAGUUAGAGCGUUAAUUAUAGCGGAUAGAGUAGAUGUUUUAUUCGCAAGGGAAAUUAAGUAAUUACGUAAAUUUUAUUAAUGUGUACGUGGAAUAAAUAACGCGUACUUAGGGUGGAUAUGGAAACAGCGGUUUGUUACUGAAUAAUUCGAUAUAAUAGGGUAGAUGACUGUUUUUAUUUAAUGUCAGAGAUCAGACACGUAUUUUUUAUUUACUUCGUAAA